AAAAUUGGCUUCAAAACUGCUUCAGGAACAGAUGGGGGACGUCACGGAUACUGACGUUAAAUAUGGACGUUGUGUUUUAUCCACUGAUUUCAGCGUCAUGUUUGAAACCAUAAACAGACGACUGGAUAGCUGAAAGAGAGGGGGGUCGCUGUGCAGAGAUGGCUAUGGUUUGCCUGACAGACUUUGAGGAGUAUGCAAAGGAGCAUCUCUCAAAGGCCACAUGGGAUUAUUAUGCAGCUGGAGCCGAUGAAUGUUGCACCAGGGACGAUAAUCUGCUGGCUUACAAAAGGAUUCGUCUGAGGCCCCGUAUCCUGCGUGACGUGUCUGUGAGCGACACACGGACCACAGUGCAGGGGACAGAAAUCAGCUUCCCAGUCGGUAUCGCACCAACCGCCUUUCACUGCCUCGCCUGGCACGAAGGAGAGGUGGCCACGGCUCGAGCCACCGAGGCUCUGAACACCUGCUACAUCACCAGCACCUACUCCACCUGCUCCGUGGAGGAGAUCGUUGCAGCAGCACCAAACGGGUACCGCUGGUUCCAGCUGUACGUGUACCGGGACCGGAAGCUGUCCGAACAGAUCGUGCACCGCGUGGAGGGGCUCGGGUACAAGGCGCUGGUCCUCACCGUCGACGUCCCUUACACCGGAAAGAGACGCAACGACAUCCGCAACCAGUUCAAGCUGCCGCCACACCUCAAGGUCAAGAACUUUGAUGGAGUGUUCCAGCAGGAGACAGCUGGCCCAGAGGAGUACGGGAUCCCAGCCAACACCCUGGAUCCCUCCAUCAGCUGGAAGGACGUGUACUGGCUACAGUCCAUCACCCGCCUGCCCAUCAUCAUCAAGGGGAUCCUGACCAAGGAGGACGCUGAGCUGGCUGUGGAGCACGGCGUCCAGGGCAUCAUUGUUUCCAACCACGGGGGAAGACAGCUGGAUGGAGGACCGGCCUCGAUUGACGCUCUGUCAGAGAUCGUGGACACGGUGCAGGGUAGGAUCGAGGUCUAUCUGGAUGGAGGGAUCAGGACUGGGAGUGAUGUGUUGAAGUCGCUGGCCUUGGGAGCAAAGUGCGUUUUCAUUGGCCGUCCAGCCGUAUGGGGCCUUGCAUACAAGGGUGAGGAGGGAGUGAGGGAAGUACUGCAAAUCCUCAACGAUGAGUUCCGUCUGUCCAUGGCUCUGUCAGGUUGCCGGAACGUGGCAGAAAUCAACAGGAACCUGAUUCAGUUCUCUAAACUCUAACAGAGCAGCAGAGGGCAGCACUGAGGACACUUACAUAACAGCACCCGCUGACAGGACUCACUACUGAACAGAAACAACACGUGUUUAACACGAGCCUGAGACUCUCCAUCAUGUCAGAGAAACUGAAAGACCACGGAACUCUUGACUUUAUCACGUCAGGAAACAUAAGAGCUGCUUUUGAUCUCCGAUUUGUAAACAGUCAAGGAUGUGAGGCCGUGUUGGAGGAGCUGAGGGCCGGCAGCCUCAGGCUGCAGAUUAAUCAAGUGACUAAUGAAAGAGUGUUUAAAGAUCUUACUAAGAAUCCAAUAUUUUGGUUUUAUGUUACAUAAUAAUGACAGAGCACAGAUAGAGAUGAUGGUUGUGGUUGAAUAAACACAGGCUGAUGUGAA